AGUACUACUGCUGCUGCCUGCGAGAAGCACAGAGCAGGCAGGGGAGAGCCAGACUGCAGCUCCUUUCACUGCUGCAGGGGCCACCGCUUCUUUCCAAAAGAUGGGGGAGACAUCUCAAGCUGUCUAAAACUUGGGGGGACUGCCCCCCCACCUCUGUACAGCCCUCCAUUGUUUGCUCAUAUGGAUGUACUGUAAGCCUGAUUUCCCUGUUUGCAGCUCCUAGGACUACACUGGAAAGGUAGGGUAGGGUGGGGUGGUUUAAAGGUCCAUUUGUGUGAUCGCUGAGGCGGAAGGUGGGCAGCCCCCCAUCCCUCCUGCUUAAACCCACUCAUGUCUUCUUCAACGGGGCCCAGAGGCCCUCGGCCACACACAGUGCCUCCCCCCAUGCAAGAUCUCCCUGAUCUCAGCCAUCUGACAGAAGAGGAGAGGAACAUUAUCAUGGCAGUGAUGGACCGACAGAAGGAGGAGGAGGAGAAGGAAGAGGCCAUGCUAAAACGACUCCAUCAGCAGUUUGAAAGUUAUAAAGAGCAAAUUAGAAAGAUUGGUGAAGACACACGUCGGUACCCAGGAGAGCACAAGGAUGAUGCGCCAACAUGUGGAAUUUGCCACAAAACAAAGUUUGCGGAUGGCUGUGGCCAUUUAUGCUCCUACUGCCGAAGAAAAUUUUGUGCCAGAUGUGGAGGUCGUGUUUCUCUGCGGUCAAACAAUGUAAGUGUACACGAGGAGGACAAAGUGGUUAUGUGGGUUUGCAAUUUGUGCCGAAAACAACAAGAAAUUUUGACAAAAUCCGGAGCAUGGUUUUUUGGAAGUGGCCCACAACAGCCAUCUAUUCAGGACGGAGCGCUUAGCGAUACAACUACUGGUGCCAGCUUCGAGGCACCAAGAGAAAAGAAAGCAAGACUUCAAGAGAGAUCACAGUCUCAAACCCCUCUAAGCACUGCAGCAGUGGCAGGGUCACAUGAGACCUCAACUUCUAGUUUACAAUCUGAUAGAAGCAAAGGAUCAGCAUCAUCAUUACCAUCUGCAGUUUAUCAAGAUACGAAGGGUUCAUCAAGGUCCAGAAGUGAACCACCUAGAGACAGGAAGAAGAUUUCAGAGCAAAAUGGAAAAGUCCAAAAAGGGGACCGCAAAAGAGUACAAAAAUAUUUAAACCAACAGGGUGAUGGAUAUAUAGAUGAGCAUAAAGAGAGAAGGGAAAGUAGAAGACCAACAAAGGGGAGAUCACAAGACAUUCCAGAAAAACUGGAGGAAGGAACAAAUUUAGAUGAAGACCAACAAAGAGCAGAAGAUCAGACACGGUAUAUGAGUGACCCCAAUUUAGCAAGGUACCCUGUGAAGCCACAACCUGAGGAGCAGCAAAUGCGCAUGCAUGCCAGGGUUUCAAAGGCACGCCAUGAAAGGAGGCAUAGUGAUGCAUCUUUGCCACACACAGAGUUAGAAGAAGCUGAAGUACCUGAAAACACACUAGGGAAGAACUUGCAAGCACCUGGAACUCAGGACAAAAAAUCAGCUAUGGAUAAUCACCGCUCAAAUUCUGUUGACCGAAAUGGAGACGGAACGGGUUACAUGCCAAAACAGGUGGCCAACCACAGCCCACCAAGCCCUAGGCACAGUCCAGUUCCAACAGAACAUUUAGAAUCUAAAAACCAUGAUCCCUUCAGAAAGCAAAGCCGUUUAGAUCCCAGCUCAGCACUUCUUAUCAGGAAAGCAAAGCGGGAGAAAAUGGAGACAAUUUUGAGAAAUGAUUCUCUUAGUUCUGAUCAAUCAGAAUCUGUUAGACCUUCCCCUCCUAAACAUCAUCGAUCUAAAAAAGGUGGAAAGAAAAGGCAAAUGUCUAUAAGUAGCUCAGAAGAAGAAGGAAUAUCGACGCCAGAAUAUACCAGUUGUGAAGAGGCAGAAAUAGAAAGUGAAAGUGUUAGUGAAAAAGGGGACCUUGACUGUUACAUUUUAGACCCUUCCACGUGGAAUAGUAGAGAAACAUCACCCCUGGGCUUGCAUCCCGUAACCUGGCAGCCAUCGAAGGAGGGGGAUCGUCUAAUUGGACGUGUUAUUCUAAAUAAAAGAACAACUAUGCCAAAAGAAUCAGGGCCGCUUCUUGGAUUAAAAGUUGUUGGAGGAAAGGUCACAGAAUCGGGACGCCUUGGUGCCUUCAUCACCAAAGUUAAGAAGGGGAGCUUGGCAGAUGUUGUUGGUCAUUUGCGAGCAGGUGAUGAAGUUCUAGAAUGGAACGGGAAACCUUUGCCUGGGGCAACAAAUGAAGAUGUUUACAACAUUAUUGUACAAUCAAAGUCUGAACCACAAGUUGAGAUCAUUGUUUCAAGGCCCAUUGGGGACAUUCCAAGGAUUCCAGAAAGUUCCCACCCGCCAUUAGAAUCCAGUUCCAGUUCUUUUGAAUCUCAAAAGAUGGAUCGACCUUCCAUAUCUGUUAUUUCUCCAACUAGUCCUGGAGCUCUGAAAGAUGCACCUCAGGUCCUGCCCGGGCAGCUUUCUGUAAAAUUGUUGUAUGAUAAAGUGGGUAAUCAGCUAAUCGUAAAUGUUCUGCAAGCAAUAGACCUUCCACCAAGGUCAGAUGGACGUCCAAGGAAUCCUUAUGUAAAGAUGUAUUUUCUUCCGGAUAGAAGCGAUAAGAGCAAACGAAGAACCAAAACAGUGAAGAAAAGCACAGAACCAAAAUGGAACCAAACGUUUGUUUAUACCCAUGUGCACCGCCGAGACUUCAGAGAACGAAUGUUAGAAAUAACAGUGUGGGAUCAGCCAAGAGUGCAGGAAGAGGAAAGCGAGUUUCUUGGCGAGAUCCUGAUAGAGCUAGAGACUGCACUGUUAGAUGAUGAACCUCACUGGUAUAAACUACAAACACAUGAUGAAUCUUCACUACCUCUGCCCCAGCCAUCGCCUUUCAUGACAAGGAGACACCUACAUGGAGACAGUUCCGGCAAAAAAGUGCAAAGAUCACAUCGAGACAAUGAUAGUGACAUCUCAGAUAUUGAUGUUGAUGGUGGUAUUAGAGCAGUGCCUCCAGGUUCCAGGUCUAAUGCAAGAGAAAGUAGAGCCACAACAUUAACAGUGCCAGAACAACAAAGACAAACCCACCAUCGCUCACGUUCUGUAUCUCCUCACCGUGCUGACGAUCAGGGCAGGACCCGUUCACGUUUACCAAAUGUGCCAUUACAGAGGAGUCUAGAUGAAAUUCAUCAAAUGAGACGAUCACGUUCUCCAACACGACACCAUGAUGCCUCCCGAAGUCCCAUAGAUCGCAGGUCCAGGGACUCAGAUAGCCAGUAUUUGUCUGAACAAGAAGGUGAGCUUCUUAUGCUGCCUGGAGCCAAACGUGGACGAAGUGCUGAGUGCCUACAUACCAUCAGAAAUACUGUUAGGCACAGUAAAACUUUGCCACCCAAGAUGCCUUUACUAGAAUUUGGUUCUCAUUGGAAACUCUACAGUGAACUGCAGCCCUCCCUUGACAGGGCUAGAAGUGCUAGUACCAACUGCUUGAGACCAGAUACUAGUUUGCAUUCACCAGAACGAGAAAGGCAGUACAGAAAACAGGAAAGAACUAGCAACCAAAAACAGAACAGAAAAUUCAAUGUUUCUGAAGUAGAAAGGAACCAUCAACUUGGGAACCAGUCAUCUAAUGUGGAGUCUUCAUUUAGCUGUCGGAGGGGAAGGCAGCUUCCACAGGUUCCAGUAAGAAGCAACAGUGUAGAACAAGAACCAGAGGGUUAUAUUACAUCUUCAAAAGGGAAUUUAUUCAUGGAUGAAAGAUCAAGGCAGGUGAAAAUAAAAGUACAAAGACAGAGGCAGACAAUUGGAUCUAGUUCCAGUCAAGAGCUUGAGCGAGAGCAAUAUUCUAAGUACAACACGCAUAAAGAUCAAUACAGAAGUUGUGAUAACGUCUCAGCCAAAUCUUCAGAUAGUGAUGUCAGUGACGUGUCAGCCAUUUCCCGUACCAGUAGUGCCUCACGCCUAAGCAGCACAAGCUUUAUGUCUGAACAGUCAGAGCGGCCUCGCAGAAGACUCUGUUCGUUUACACCCAGAAUGGAAAGCAGACGGAUGGGAUCUUCAGGGAGAACCAUUACAAAGAGCACAAGUGUGAGUGGAGAGAUAUACAAGCUGGAGCACAAUGAUGGAAGCCAGUCAGAUACAGCCGUUGGGACAGUUGGUACAGGGGGCAAGAAAAGGAGGUCAAGUUUGAGUGCCAAAGUAGUUGCCAUGGUAUCACGCAGAAGUAGAAGCACAUCUCAGCUUAGCCAAACAGAUUCUGUCAGCAAGAAAUCAAAAAGUUCUAUUCAAAGAAGCACAGAAACCGGAAUGGCUGCGGAAAUGAGAAGUCGUAUGGUACGGCAACCAAGUAGAGAGUCAACAGAUGGAAGUAUCAACAGCUACAGCUCUGAGGGAAACUUGAUAUUUCCAGGAGUAAGAUUGGGGGUUGACAGCCAGUUCAGUGAUUUUCUUGAUGGACUUGGACCUGCACAGUUAGUAGGUCGUCAGACACUCGCCACUCCCGCCAUGGGUGAUAUUCAGAUUGGAAUGGUAGACAAAAAAGGGCAGCUAGAAGUUGAAGUCAUAAGGGCACGGGGUCUUAUACAGAAGCCAGGCUCAAAAUCUACCCCAGCACCGUAUGUAAAGGUAUACCUUUUGGAAAAUGGUGCUUGUGUAGCCAAGAAGAAGACAAGAAUUGCACGGAAAACACUUGAUCCACUCUAUCAGCAAACUCUGGUUUUUGAAGAAAGUCCUCAUGGAAAAGUUCUGCAGGUAAUUGUCUGGGGAGAUUAUGGAAGAAUGGAUCACAAAUGCUUCAUGGGUGUAGCACAGAUUCUUCUCGAAGAACUUGAUCUGUCCAGUGUGGUGAUUGGAUGGUAUAAAUUGUUUCCUCCAUCUUCAUUGGUUGAUCCUACACUGGCACCACUUACGCGCAGGGCUUCCCAGUCAUCUCUUGAAAGUUCAACUGGGCCUCCUUCCAUAAGAUCUUAAUGAACUGGAAGGACAUUAGAUCUGGUGUAAUCAAAAUGUUAACACCCAAUAAAAGAAUCAGAACAAUAUAUGAAUAUGAUCAAAAGCAUUGCUGGAGACAGACAAUCACUUAUUUUUUUGUUUUGCCUGUAGUAGUGAUCCAAAAACCAAUCUGAAAAAAAAGAUUUAUAUUGGCAGAGAAAAUCAAGAAUAUGUGUAUUAUGUGUAUUGUAAAUUAAGUACUCUCAAGACUAGGACAUUCUAGGAUAUAUAAAGGAUGAAAUUAAAUAACAAACUGGAAGCUUUCACUCUGUUAAAAUGUUUGUUAUACAUUUUUACAGACCAUGAGCAGUGUUAUCAUAUUGGUAUUUCAGCAUUUUUAUACUUGUUAAUUCCAUUAUUUUUUUUAAUAAUGUGUUAUUCUGCCAGUUUCAUAAAAGCAUUUGUGAUAAUCCUCACAGAACGUUGCUUUUUGUCCUUUUUUAUUGAUUUAUUAAAAGCUGAGUGUUACAAACAUGAUAAUGGAUCUAGUUUGUGUGAUAUUCCCUGCUUCCUGAAAUACUGACAGUGACUUUGAAAAGCGCUGCUAUGUAGUGCUUUACUGUUAACUUAUGAUGUUGCUUUUCAUGUAGUGUUAAACAUUUCAGAAUCAUGAUACUGUUUUGUAUGUAUGAUACAGCAUGCUGCCAUAACAUCAGAGCACAGCUUUUACGGCACUAAGUUCCAGCAUCAGGACUUAAAGAAAAUGCCAUUGCUGCAGCGCAGCAUUUACACAAAGCAAAACCUUUUAAAGCUCCGUAUGUGCAAUGAAAUACAUUUUUUCUUCUCAUGUGAAAAUGCGUAACACUACAAAAAAGGCUACACAAGCAACAGCUGUCAUUAUUUCACUACAACCAGGGCCAUUUAUUUGCCAACAUGUUAUCCCAUUGAAGUCAACUAGACUUAAAAAAAAAUAUUUAAAAAAAAAUUAAAAAAACAAACAAAAAAAUAAAAAGAAAAAAAAAUGCCAACAUGUUUGUGCUAGUUUUUCAUCAUGGGGAAUUGUGGAAUAUAUGACCAUAAAAUUAUUUCUUUAACAAAUAAAUAUUGAAAAAGAAAGUAUAAACUUAAAAAAAAGUAUUUUUGUUCCACUUUUCCACCUUUUUUUGUAAACUUUCAGAUUGCAGUAUAAAUGAUGAUUUUUUAUGUUACAUGAUGUUUUGCAUGGGAGACUUUUUGAAGAAGCCUAUCUGUAACCAAUGCUGAGAUUGAUGCAAGUGACUUCAUUCCUCUGUCAUUUAAAAAAUAAUGUACUUGUUAUGCUGUGUUCAUUUAAAAGAAAAAUCAGUCAAUCGCUGUACUUGUUUCUGUGUAUAGAUUGUAUAUUUUACAUCCCAAAAAUACUGACCUACGGUGGGGAUGGAGCAUAUGACACUUUGAGCUAUACCCAGGCUUUUGUUACAUGUGUCUCUUUCGACACAUAUACCUGUCCUGGAUAGAGCAUGGUAUGAGCUGUUUAAAAUUCACUGGAAAUUCCAGUUGAAUUAUUCUGCACUUACUAAUGUUUUUAUCAGAUUUUCGUUUACAUUUGUUUGAGACUGAUGCAAGCACAAUGCUUGAUUUUUUAACGCAAAAUAUUUUCUUUUUUUUUUUUGAGAGCGAAAACCCCCGCAAAUUGCAGUUAGCAUUUUCUUUUUUACAUUUUUGUUCUUAAGAGCCCGAGUGAUUUUUCUGUACAUGUGCUUAAAACUGCAACCCGUGCAGAAGACCCAAUAUGUUCUCCUACCUUUAUGAGCUAGUCAAUUUUGUGAUCACAUGAAUAGAGCAGCAUGACUUGGAGCUAUUCAAAGCUGCAUGCGCGUUUUGUAAAAAGACACAAGACAAGGUUAUUUAAUGUGUGUUAGUUCCACAUAGGCCAGCUUGUAUGUUGCAUGUACUUGUACAGUUUGCUUGUAAUUAUGACAUAACCAAGAAAUCUAAGCCAUCCAUUUUUCUUAUAGACAUUUUGCAGGUUUUUAGCAGACUAGAUGUGUAUAGUCUGGUGCCAAAUGUCUAUAGAUGGACUUUAUUUUUUACCCUAUGGAAGCGUAAUGUAGUAUGGACCAAAUUCCUUCUAAUAAAUAUUUUGGUGUAGAUUCCUAAUGUGGGGCUGUAACACAUAUAGAAAUUGUGUACACAGUAGGUUUUGAUUAAUAGACAUACUGCCUGCACCAAGUGAACUAUUUAUUGUUAAAUAAACAGGCUGAAGCUAUUAUGCCCAUAUUUCCAUAGGGCAAAUAUAGGUGACUGCUUGACCUGCUGAGCAGGGAGUACUGAUGCACCGGUGCACUAAUAUAUUAUGUACUGUCUUAGUGGCCAAAAUAAACAAAUUAUAAUUGGGUAGUAUCUUUCUAUUUUGACCACUUGUCUUAACACCCCCCCUGUGCUUUUAAAUAAAUUUCUGACUCAUGUUAUGUAAACAUGUUUAAUAAAAUUUACUUUUCAUGUC